CAGAGCAGUGGGGUGUCCGUGUGUCAGUCAGGUGUGUAAAACAGUAAAAACAACCUGAAGCGUGACGAGUUAACUCUGAGCUCGUCUUUGUGUCUAUCAGCUCAGCUGCUCUCGUAUCUCUCUGAUUGUGAUACUGAACAGACAGUUUCUCGCAUGUCAGAGGCUGAUUGGGCGACAUGAAAACAACACUAAGGUUCACCUGAUUGCACUACAAGUCAAACUAUAAAGUGGAUCAUGUGUCACGCUGGAGGGAAGUCUCUGGUUAGUCUUCGGUGAGCAGCACGUGUGUUCAGGCUGUUUGUCGACACGACUUCUGAUACGUGGCUGAUAACGGCAGCGUACAGCUGAGUAUCUCGCCGUGUCCGUCAGUCAGUGCUUCAGGGUAGGACAAGGAGAUAAAAGUGUGAAGCUAACAGAGGAGUGUUGACUUGGACCUGCUUGGACAUGACCGUCUGUUGGACCUCGUCUGUCCGUCUGCUGGCAGCUUUCUGAUGUGUUUCACGAUGAGUUCUUCCUCGCUGCUCCUGAUGCUGCUGCUGGUUCUCGGUGUUUGUGAUCGAGCGGCAGGAGCAAAGAAACAAGAAUCUGUGGUUCCACCUGAAGACCACGGAUCUCGACUUCGAGGCCUCUGGAAGCUUCACAUGAGGGACGCCAUGCUGAAAGGAAAAGGGUCUAGCCCUCAUCCAAUCAGAGAGGGGGUCAAACAGCAGCUGCUCUACUGCCGCGUUGGGAUUGGCUACCAUCUCCAGAUUCUGGCCAACGGCUCCGUGGGAGGCGUCCACAAACCAACGGAGAACUGUUGGUUGAAGGUGUUCGCCAUGAAACAUGGCGUGGUGGGAAUCAAAGGAGUCAAGAGUGGCUUGUACCUCUGUAUGAGCGGAGAAGGACUGACAUACGGAGCGGAGAAGUUCUCAGACGACUGCUUGUUGAAGGAGAACCUGGAGGAGAACCACUACACCACCUACUCCUCUCUGUCGCACCCAGGCGUCUAUCUGGCUCUUUCCCACAAAGGGGAGCUGAGAAAGGGGAACAGCGUGGGACGCCACCAGUCCUGCACCCACUUCCUACCUCGGAGGACACCGUGAUUAAGAUCCAGGUGGAUCCACGUUAGGAAUGUCUGGUCUUGUUGCAUCUUCAGUUCAAGAGACACAGUGACGGGGUUCACAAAUGUGUUACGUUACCUGUAACAUGCUCUGAAAACUUGACAUCACCUGAGGAUCGUUCAAACUUUGCUGCCUAACUGCUAUACAUUGUAGCUAGUGCUAUGAGCCAGUGCCAGCGUCUGCCUUCCAGGGAACGUGGUCGGACCUGGGACCAAACAGAACGUGUCCAGUCUAACAGUGAACACAGCAACAGAACCUCUGAACCGGCAGU